UCUAACUUUUAUUGGCGACUUGGCUUGCACCGAAAAACGCCAAAAUCAAUUUGCAAAAGCUUGGCCGCUUUUUGCUCAAAGCCAGAAAACAGAUUUUCCGUCUUUUGAUCCACCAUAUUUGGAAUUCGCUCGGAUUCGUGUUGAAAAUUCUUCAGCCCAAAGUUUAGAUGAAAAUGGCUAUGGAAUGGUCGUAAGAGAGAAACCUUUUGCCGAAGGUCUCUUACGUGAAGUAACUCAUGCAAGAUAUUUCAGCACACACACUUUGCCCUAUGCUGGUGCAGGUUAUCGUUGUGAUCUUUGGGUUCCUUUAACCGACGAACCAGAUAAUUUCGUUACGCUCGGUUCGUUUCUCCAUAAAGGAGGAGAUUUUGAAUAUGCUCUUGCCCGGAACAAAGGACUGGUAGGUGUGCAUAGAAGUGUUUGUAUUUCUGGAGUUCUAGGUAGUUACGUGAGCAUAAAGGUUUGGCGAAUCGCACCCCAAGAUGAUGCUAUCGAUAUUGGUGCAUUUGUCGCUCACGAUAGUAGUAAACCGCAAUUGCCUAUUUGGCUGUUGAGAAAAGAUGUGGCAGAAUUAGUUGAAUACUCAAAUUAA